ACCAUCGCUCCCAUCAGAAGCCAGGUUCAAAGUUAAGGACUAGAGCUUCAAGCUCCAGUGACCCAAGAUGGCAGCCACCACUGGUUCGGGAGUGAAAGUCCCUAACAAUUUCCAGGUGUUGGAAGAACCCGAAGGCGGCCAGAGAGGAGCAGGAGAUGGCACAGUUAGCUGAGAUCUAUAAGAUGAUCAAGACUUGACACUUAAAAGAUGGACAGGGAUGGUAACUGGUUCUAGCAGGGUGGCAGACCCUAGAGUCCUAUCAGUGCUAGCAAAACGGCACAACUCCUACAGCAUCAACGCCGAGCUCCAAGAGCUGCAGCGCCGGAUGAUGUCUAAAGAGAACAUGAAGCUCCCUCAGCCGCCCAAAGGACAGUGUUACGUUUUAUUGACAGCAGCACACAGGUUGGCCAAGGCUCCAGGGCACAAGUAUUUGCACACGCUGUGGUACAGCAGGCAGUUCCAGCUGUCACAUGACUUCUUCAUGAACUUUGGUCCAGUUCUUCCAAGAAUUUACCUGAAAAUAAGAGAUGUGCACAUCUCACCAACACUUACUGUUUGGUAA